UUUGUCAAAUGAACGGUGAUGGAGACAGCAGCAUCGAGCACUAUUGUGUUCUAGGGUUGCCACUUUCUACCCAUCCAUCACUAUCCGAGCAUUGAUUGGACGUGACAUCCCUCAUGACUAUUUUAUUGCUAUAAUCAUGAGAACGUUAUAUGUAUUGAGAUGGGGGUGCUUCUGCAUUUUGCAGAGAUUGAUUGGUCACACAAGUGAGAGAAUGAGGAGCAUUUUGGGAGGAAUAAUCUUUAAAACUGCUGCCUCUCUCAGAAAUACAGAUGUUGAGUGUGUUAGCUUUGUGUUCAGGCAGCUAGAGCAGGAUAUGGAAACCGUAAUAAAGGUAUUGCAGCCAGGUCCUUUGGGAAUUGUGAAGCACAAGUUUUCAGAUGCAGAGAUUCAUGGAGCUAAGGUCACGAUUCAGAAGGCCCUUGAGAAUUGGCAGAGAAAUUCCCAUCAAGAAAGAAUAUCGCAAGCCGACCUCAAAUAGUUGGGAUAGGCCUCGGAUGAUGAUGAUAAUGAUGAUGAUGAUAGAAUAUCUCAAGCCUCAAUGGGCAUGUGAAUACAUAUGCAUCUCUAUCUCUUUUUGUUAAUGUUAGAUUUCGGAUGACAAAUAUACCCCAUUUCGUAAAUAGUUAACAUUUAAAGUUGGAGAGGACAAAACAUUAUGAUUCUAAGCUUAGAGAAAGAUUGGCACACUUGAAAUAAAGCCUGCAUGGCUAGCUCUCAUUUUUUAGUAACUGCAAUUUGGUUGACAGUUACUGUCACAAGAGAGUACCAUUCACAUCUUUGAAGCAACAUUCAUAUGGCCGCCUGAGAUAAGGUGGGCAGCUAUGUUCUUGACAUCUAUAGAAGCCUGAGAUGCUACCAUUUGCAUGUUUAGUGCCAUGAACAAUGUAAAAUUAUAUGUUUUGGAGAUGCCAGGGAGGUUUAUAUCUCCUGCUUUAAGAGGUUACCUUAUGCAAUAAGAGAUUCACUCGACUUCAGGUUGUCUUCAGUCCAAAAUUUGGGGUCAUGGAUUAGCAGCUGGUUGAAUUCCAUGAAGUAGAACCUCUAGUUCUGCUCUGUUUUUGGGGUUAUUCUCAUCCUGUUCAUAUGAAGACAAAUACUCCAUUUUUCCAAUCAAAGAGCUAUGAGAACAUUCCAAUGUUUCCUUUAAGAACUCUCCCUUGCGAUGAAGAUCCAUUAAAGAUUUGUUUGCCAUGAUCUCUGGUUCGAUUCAUUGUGUUUCAACUAUGGUUGGAGAACUGCUGAUGAAUGAUGGUAUUCCAAGGUUCCUAGCAUGCUCAAUAUGUUGUUGUUGAAGUGAUGGUAACUUGUUUCCAGGUUCCAAGUA